AGACAACUGCCCAGUUCAACCUGCAUCAUGUCCAACACAUUGCAUGGCGACGUGCUGCCUCCGGGCACGCAGCGCAUCAAUGACUCGCAGUCGACGCACAUCCUGCUUGCGCCUCAGCCGAGUUCCGAUCCGAAUCAGCCCCUGAAUUGGAGUUCAAGACGCAAGAUCAUUCACAUGACGCUCCUUUCCCUCUACGCCAUGAUGGUAUUCGCCAUUCUCUGCAUUAGCGUCCCAAUGUGGCAAGACUUUAACGAACAGCUCGGCAUGAGCUACGACGCCCUCAACAAUGGAUACGCAACCAACAUGGCAGGCUUGUCGGUCGGCUGCAUCUUCUUCAUCCCCCUCGCUCUCCGCAUUGGUCGUCGGCCUGUUUACAUCGUUACGGCUCUUGUAAUGUUUGCGGCUGCCGUGUGGCAGGCUGAGAUGCAGACCGUAGGGGACAUGAUUGGAGCUAACCUCGUAGCUGGAGUUGCUGGAGCUGUGAACGAGGCACUUUUCCAGGUCACAGUAUCAGAUCUCUUCUUCGUCCACCAGCGAGGCACCAUGAACGGCAUCUAUCUCGUCAUGGUCAUGAUUGGAAACUACCUCGGACCCGUCGUGGGUGGCCACAUCGCCGUCUCCAUGGGUUGGCGCUGGGGCUUCUGGCUUUGCGCCAUCUUCAUGGGAGCCCUCUCUAUCAUCAUGUUCUUCUUCCUCGAAGAGUCCAAGUACACCCCUCCCCCGUUGACCGGCCACGAUAUCACACCAAACACGCCCGACGACCAACUCAACAAAGUCAGCAGCAUUGCUAAACCCCCGGUUCCUGCCUCGCUAGACAAAGACCAAGAGGCUGUCUUGAGUCAACGAAAGAGACUCGUCGAGAUUGAUACCAAUAUCCCGAUGAAGACAUACUGGGAGCGACACGCACUCUGGUCCCUGGACAAAGAAGCCGCUGCAGGUAAAUCAUUCUGGAAACAGUUUUACGAGCCGUUCCACAUCCUUGCCGUCUUCCCCGCAGUCAUGUUUGCCGCUCUCCAGUACGGAUGGAGCAUCGCCAUGCUCGCCAUUCUGGCAGUCACACAGAGCGCGCUGUACGCCGCUCCUCCAUACAACCUCUCACCAGCUGGUAUUGGAAACAUGAACCUACCUCCUUUCAUCGGUGCCAUCCUGGGAUCGUUGUUCGGUGGGCCAUUGGUAGACUACAUGAUCGUGCAGAUUGCAAAGCGCCGUGGAGGCAUCUACGAGCCCGAGACACGACUUUGGCUGUUCCUGGUGCCGGGCAUGUCAAUGGUCAUCGGCUGUCUGAUGUACGGCUUGACGAUUGCAAAGGGAAUGCCCUGGAUCAUUAACGCUGUGGGUGCCGCAUUCAUCGGCUUUUCCCUCGGAGGCUGUGGCGACAUCGCCCUCACCUACGUCCAAGACUCGUACCAACUUAUUCUCGGUCCUGCACUGACAGCUGUCGUGUUCGUCCGCAACAUCAUCGCAACAGGCCUCGUCUUUGCCGUCUCGCCAUGGAUGGCUGGCAUGGGCGUCUACGACAUGUUUGUGCUCCUGGGUUGCAUCGCGGCUGCAAUCGCCCUGACAUGCGUCCCCUUGAUGAUCUGGGGCCGCACGUUCCGAGUUCGGUUGGCGCCCAAGUAUGACUACUUUAUCGACCAGCAAUUCUAA